GCCGAAACCAAGGUCGAACGAACACAAGCAUCAUGGCCACCAACGCGGUCAACCCCUGCGAUGGCGAUACCGUCGAGGACAAGCCGGAUCGCGGUAUCCCCGCGACGAUCGUCGCUGCGGCCCGCGCCAACCUUCUCUUCCGGUCGAGGUGGGCGGAGGUCAACGGCGCCUUGGGUGACCUGGGCACCUACAUCCCCAUCAUCAUGGCCCUGGCGCUCGCCAAGGACCUCGACCUCGGCACCACCCUCGUCUUCACCGGCGUCUACAACAUCAUCACCGGUUUCAUCUACGGCGUGCCCAUGCCUGUCCAGCCCAUGAAGUCCAUCGCGGCCGUGGCCAUCUCCACCGCGAGCUUCGGCGUGCCGGAGAUCAUGGCCGCCGGAAUAUGCACCUCCGCGGUGGUGUUUUUGCUGGGUGCAACUCGUCUCAUGGAGCUUGCGUACAAGUUCAUCCCCCUCCCCGUUGUUCGCGGCAUUCAGCUGGCUCAAGGCCUGUCCUUCGCGAUGACCGCCGUCAAGUACGUCAGGUACGACCAGGAUCUCGCCAAAGGCAAGGCUUCUGGCGACAGGCGUUGGAUGGGCCUCGACGGCUUGGUCUUGGCCAUAGCGGCCACCGUGUUCGUCGUGAUCGUCAACGGUGCUGGUGAGGCAGCAGAACAGGGUCGGGAGGAGCAAGUCAUCCAUGAACAAGGCGGGGGACGAAGAAGAGCCAAGUCUUGGAGGAAAGUGAUAUUCUCUGUUCCUUCAGCUGUUGUUGUCUUCGUGCUCGGCAUAAUCUUAGAUAUAAUAAGGGAGCCCGGCGUGGUGAAAGAGUUGAAAGCAGGUCCAUCGCGCAUCCACGUAGUGAAGAUCUCCAAGCACGCAUGGAAGGAAGGAUUCAUCAAGGGCGCAGUGCCGCAGCUGCCGCUGUCGGUGCUCAACUCCGUGAUCGCGGUGUGCAUGCUGACGACCGACUUGUUCCCCGACAAGGUCGCAUCGGCGACGUCGGUGUCGAUCACGGUAGGGCUGAUGAACCUGGUGGGCUGCUGGUUCGGGGCGAUGCCGUGCUGCCACGGCGCGGGGGGACUGGCGGGGCAGUACAAGUUCGGCGGGCGGUCCGGCGCGUGCGUGGCUCUGCUGGGGGCGGCGAAGCUGGCGGUGGGGCUGGUGCUGGGGGGUUCGCUGCUGAGGCUGCUGGUGGAGUUCCCGGUAGGGCUGCUGGGCGUACUGCUGCUGUUCGCCGGAGUGGAAUUGGCCAUGGCGGCGAGGGACAUGUCGAGCAAGGCGGAGUCGUUCGUGAUGCUCAUCUGCGCCGCGGUGUCGCUGGUCGGCUCCAGCGCGGCGCUCGGGUUCGUGUGCGGCAUAGUGGUGCACGUGUUGGUCGUGGUGAGAAGGCUGCUGACGACUGAUCGUAACAUGUGAUGCAAAGUCGCUCUAAUAAGCCUAAAAUCCAUAAAGCUAAAUGUUGUCUUGUUGUUUGAUAUGUUUGUUUAUAUAUUAAUGUAAUUUUAUAUUUCUUAAAUCAUAAAUUGUUUAAGAAUCAGAGCAUAUAAAAAAUAUAGUGUUGGCAUGAGA